GCCUGUAGGUGGCGCCAAAGCGUCGCAGUCAUGCAAAUUAACUGUGAAAGCCAAACAGGCUGCGUUAGCUACACUGUAAUGACGUUAGCCUCCUGGAUGUUUUUUUCCGCCGUUAAUGAUUUCGGAUACCGGGAGCACAGACAUCCACGUAUCUUUCCGGUUGCCUGAAGCACGGACACCGUGACCUCCGCGAAGUCAGCUCGGUGUCUCCCGGUCGAUCCCGAAGGAAGUGGUGACCCUACCUUUCUGACCCCCACCCCCAGCAGCCCUCCGAUCCACUGUCCUGAUCGGGUCGUGGUGCUGCCGGCGGUGGAUUGGAGCACUCUGAUUGGAGGCUUCGCAAGGUGGUUUUUCGGUCUGGCGCCGCCUCCCCCCGGGGCCGGCGUGCGCUCCCAGCAGCCCGUGGUGCCCUGCGCCCCCCCCUCCCCGUCACCACUGCACACCAGAGCCCAUGCCCAAGGAGGAGGCGCGGUGCGUCCGCCAGGAGCCAUGUGCCUCCCUCACACCAACAUCAUGGACAACAAGUUACAGGGGGUGGGGGUGGGGCAGGCGGGUGGGGCUACACUUCGAUCGCGUGCAGGAGGCGUCCCGCUGGAGCCCUUCGUGCACCAGGUGGGAGGUCACACCAGCAUGAUGCGCUAUGAUGACCACACGGUGUGCAAGCCCCUGAUCAGCAGAGAGCAGCGCUUCUAUGAGUCUCUGCCUCCGGACAUGAGGGAGUUCACUCCGGAGUAUAAAGGCGUGGUGCUGGUGUGUUUCGAGGGCGACUCGGACGGCUACAUCAACCUGGUGGCGUACCCCUACGUGGAGAGCAACACGGAGGGGGGGGCGGCGGAGCACGAGGAGCGCGACCCCCCCGACAGGGAGCAGCCCAGGAGGAAGCAUUCGCGCCGCAGCCUCCACCGCUCCUCCUCAGAGCACAAGGAGGAGCGCCCCGACAGGAGGGAGACGCACGACUCCGAAGCUUCUGAUAACCUCGCAGAGCUGAAGAGUCCCAGGAUCGACCCGAAGAUCCACUCGGACGUGCCCUUCCAGAUGUUGGACUGGAACAGCGGGUUGAGUUCAGAGCAGAUCAGCCACAACCCCUGGAGCCUCCGAUGCCACAAGCAGCAGCUGAGUCGCAUGAGGUCCGAGUCCAAGGACCGCAAACUCUUCAAGUUCCUGUUGCUGGAGAACGUGGUUCACCACUUCUCGUACCCCUGCAUCCUGGACCUGAAGAUGGGCACCAGGCAGCACGGCGACGACGCCUCCGAGGAGAAGGCAGCCAGGCAGAUGAAGAAAUGCGAACAGAGCACUUCAGCCUCGCUGGGGGUCAGAGUGUGUGGCAUGCAGGUGUACCAGCUGAACACCGGCCACUACCUCUGCAGGAACAAGUACUACGGCCGCGGCCUGUCGAGCGAAGGCUUCCGCCAGGCCCUUCAGCAGUACAUGCACAACGGGAAGGGCCUGAGGCGGGACCUCUUCGAGCCAAUCCUGAGUAAGCUGCGCAGCCUGAAGGCGGUGCUGGAGCGGCAGGCGUCCUACCGCUUCUACUCGUCCUCGCUGCUCAUCAUCUACGAGGGGAAGGAACCCGGGGGCCCUUCGGUCCAUGGCUCUGGGCAGCGUGCAGCCUCGCACCAGAAGACCCCCGUAGAGCCCCGCCGCGGCCCCGCCCCCCACGCUCCUCCGGCCCCAGACGCUCCCUGUGAAACGGACAUGAGCCAGGAGUCAGACCCGGGUCCUCUGGCGCCUCAGGGACCCGGACCGAUGGCUAAGCCCUCCCCUUCCCCUCGACCUCCCCCGCAGGCCCCGCCCUCAAAGUCAGACUGCCACUCCUUCCACCCAUCCCUCCCCUCGCCUCACCCACGUCCGGACUCCUCCUCCCCGGCUCCCGGCUCGAUUUCGAUCCCCCCGGCCGCUCCUCCUCCUGCUGCACGUCAGCCCCAGCAGCCCCAGCAGCCCCAGCAGCCCCAGCAGCCCCAGCAGCCCCCCAUGGUGGACGUGCGUAUGAUCGACUUCGCCCACUCCACCUUCAAGGGUUUCCGCGGCGACACCGCCGUGCACGACGGACCGGACCGGGGCUACGUGUUCGGACUGGAAAGCCUGGUCCAGAUCUUGGAGAGUCUGCAGGACGACAACUUGCCGUAGCUCCACACACACACACACACACACACACACACACACACACAAAGAGCUUGUUGUUAGAUUCAGGUCAUCCUUGAGCACUACGGACGCUUCGCUGUAAAUCCGGGAAGAAGGCUCUUCGGGAUGUCACCAUGGCAACAUGGUUAUUCUACAGCCAGGUAGUUACUCUGGCAACAUCCAGAAGGUUGAACCAAUGUCUGACACUUCAGGCUGAAGUGAACUUCAGUCUUGUCCGAUGCUCUACAAAACACACACACACAAUUGUACUCCCAUAUUUGUGAGGACCUGCAUUUCAAAGCCCCUUACCAUUAAAGUCCCCGCCUCUCCCAAGUGUAUUUACCUUGUUUUUACUUUACCUAGAUGUUUGAGCUUUUCUGUGCAGAAUGUUUGUGCUGAGUUUCACACGAGGACGUUUUUACAUUUGUCUGCUGAAGCGUCUCUGAUCUGAGUUCCAGACCUCAAUAUACGAGCACGUCGGCUUGUUCAGAUGCCAUAUUUUGUCAAAUACAAAGACAUUGGGACCAGUAGUAGAUGGAAUUCAGAGCAUUUUAAUGGGGCACUUUUUUUCCCGUAGUGAACUCGCUUCCAAAGCAGGCCAUUUUAGUCUUAAGUGUCUUCACACUCAGGGUUUAAGGGUGAAGCUCAAACAUCCUGGUGAAAUAACAUGAGAAUGAGUGGAGGCAGCGUUUCAUCAACCAACUGAGACUUUGAAGGAUGUGAGGACCAGCAAAACAUGUCGUCACGCUCAAGGUCCCCAAACACAAAUGUAUCCUCCACACGACAAGAGCGCACACACACACACACACACACACACAUCCUGGGAACCGUUGUCUGUUGAGCUGUUGGACACCGGGACACAGUGUCCUCUCUGAAAUGGAGUCCCAGGGGCCUCCCACUGAACACUCACUCCCAACUCCCCCGUCCCCCACCUCCUCCUCCUCCUUCACUCCUCUUCCUCCAAAGAAAACCAAACCUGAACAGGUGAACGUGACUCUUGGAGCGUUACCUUGGCAACACGGUCAGAAAACCCAUCCAAGCGUCUGUUAAAGCAAUAGUAGGUGACCUUUUUUCUUUUUUCCGGCGGGUCAGAGGGCGGCUCCGCCCCCACACGGAGAAGGCCUAUGAAGUGCAGCGUAGAAGUAGGCUCUGAGGAGGAGGUGUAGAUGAAUUACCGACACAUCGCUGUGUGUGCGUUUCGGAGGUUUAUUUCAAAAACCUUAGUAGUCUGUGUCCUGUAAAAGCUUCCUCUGGGUUGUUGUGUAAAGCUCAAGUGUCCCAAAUCUGGGCCCUCUUUAUUAUUGUCAACAAAUCCCAUUUAAAAAAAACAGAGCGCUCAAUCCAAUACUGUUAACAAGUAAUAUCUGUGUAUCCAGAGCCUGAUAUUUCUUCUUCCUUCGUGCCAUAGAGCGCCAUCAGUGUCCAGAAGUAUUAAAAACACAUCAAUGUGUUGCCUUGGGUGACAUGUUCUGUCAUUACUCACUCACACACACACACACACACACACCCCGUCCUGCUGCCACAAAUACUCAGCAGAGCGUAGUCUUGAACAAAUGCACUAUUUCCUCCGGUUUGAUUAAAAACAGCGAAGAGCUGCUUUAUGGAGACUAUUGAGAAUUUUAGAGGUGAGAUUUGAUAUUUUUAUAUAGAAAAUUAUUUAAUGGUUGUUUUUCCUUUGAUUCGGGGACGUAAAACCGGCUGUCAUGACGCCCCGGAUGAUUUAGUCUUGACUUUGGAAAAAGCAGUUGACAAAAUAAUCCGGACUAUCUUCUUAAGGGAACGGAGUAGUUCAGUUGGGUUUGCUUUAUUUAUUUAUUUAUUUUUUUACGUUAAAAAGCUCUAGAACGGCUAUAUUUACUACUUGCUGUUGCUGCUUUUUUGUGAAUGAUAUUUUAAUUCCAGUUUUCUAGCCAAUAUGGGCGAGAAGUCCUUUUAAAGGUCUUUUAAAAAGGAUAAAUGGAGCGUGCGUGGGUUUAUGACCCGUUUUAAAUGAACUGCAGAUGUAUUAAGAACAAAAGGAGACAGGAAGUCGGAUCGUGUUAACGGUUUUGGUCUUUUCAUGGGAUUUGAUGACAAUGAGAAAGAAAUGUAGAUUGAUACCAGCAUUUGUCUUUAAGUUAGAGCUGUGUGAUAUGGUUGAGGAUAUUUAAUAAGAUAAAUAUUUUUCUUAAUCUGUGUGUGAUAAAAUCACAGUACGCAAUCUGCAAAAUUUUACAAAAUAGGAUUUAAUGUUCUGUGCUUCGAACGUUUAUUUUUAUUUUAAAUAAUUUGCCUCAAUCGUUCAUUUGGAUAAUAUCCUUUUUAUAUUCAUGACAUUUCAGUGUAAAUAUUGCAUUAUUGUUCGGUCUCAAAGGUGAACCAAGGACACACAAAAGCAGUUCGUGGUCCUGUAACCGUCAACCGAAUUGGUCAGAAAUCAUUUAAAGACGUCACCGCUUGUCUCAUCUGAUUGGUCCUGAUGAGAGGAGUGUUGCCCAAUAACAUCGUCCAUUUAUGCUUCUUUAACAAGUUCCGGGGGGCGCUGCAGCGCCCCCUGCUGCACAAAACCGGGAGGUCCACCCCAGGAGCUAGAAUAUGAGAGAGGGAGUAUGAAUACAUUUAUUUUUUUGGUUUAUCAAGGUGAUAAUUUAUUUUUUUUAUUGUACCUUUAUCCACGUGUGUGUGUGUGUGUGUGUGUGGGUAAAUUUCUUGUCUUAUACAUGACCCCCCCCCCCUUCUCCCCACACCUAAAUGUAUAAAAUGUAAAGAAAUUCUGAGACACUGUGUGAGAUGUUAGGAGAAAUACACAGUAUUAUUAUCAGAAAACAGAUGGUCUUUUAUCCAGACUUCAGCGAGCCCAACACUUCUGCCUGUUGUGGAGUUGUUGCUCUGGUGGGAAGUUUGAUUGAUUGUGUGUGUGUGUGUGUGUGUGUGUGUGUGUGUGUGUGUGUGUGUGUGUGUGUGUGUGUGUGUGUGUGUGUGUGCGUGUGCAGGUAGACGCCAUCUUUAAUCUCUGGUCUGUUUCACUUCACAUUUUUAAGGAGUUGGUGAAAAACUGCAUGCACAUUAAUGUCCUGCUGUUUUUUUGGGGUCAGCUUCCAGCACCGCGUCAAACAUUCUUGUUACAGUCAUCACAUGGUCUACAGCAGCGACCGCCCACGUGUCCCCUCAGAUUGUGAUACCUCAUCAUGGAUAUUAGCCUCAAUGAUUGAUCAGUUAUUUUAGCAGCAUUUUCUGCAUCUGACAUCACUCUGACUGUUUGUUAGAACAGUGAAAGUAAAUGAGAUUAAAUCUUUCCAGAAGC